GCAUUUUCGUCGUCGACCAGAGUUCGCGGUGAGGUGAUGUUGCUCAUCAUCAUGGCGAGGUAGCACAAGAAUCGUCCUAUAUCGGAAACUAGACCCACAACUGCCUUGGGAUGCUGCUAAACGACACCUUUUCCAGCAACAUGGAAUCUUCACCUUCCAUCCUGCCAGGAUCUUCAGCCUCCACCCGACAAACUUCACUGGGACAGCCCUAAGUUACCACCUUGCACUUCUAGCUUCGAACCAAAGCCGCGGCCUGCAGUUCUUGGUCUAAGUUCCGAAGCUCUGGAAGUCGUGGACGACCACUCACCUGUGACCACUCACACGCCCUCCGUGGCAGCAACGCCACGCAGUGACAAGGAGCGUGGGCGGAUCGACACGCAGCGCUGGCGAACGAGUACAUCGCCGUGUAUCUCCCAUUUUGGGUAUAGAGCACGCCAUACCUCCAAUCACAACACCCCAGCAGGCACUGCUUGACCGCAUUGUUCCGGGAAACAUAGUUCUAUCGAAAGAAGGCAAAGCUUCGGAAGCAGCUGCAUGCCUUGGAUGAUAUCAGAGCGUCUGCUCAGACGCCUUCCUUUCACUCCUUAUGGCCAGCAUUAUUCUCAGUUGCCCACCGAAGAUCCUUCUACUCCAACGACGAACAAUGCACCAAAUGCAGCACGACCGGGGACAAAUUAUACACGCAUCCGAGACGAAGAUGAUCGGGAACUUGCUCGCAUAGGCUAUGAACCGGAAUUGAAACGCGAGUUUGGUAGAUGGUCUACACUUUCAUACGCAAUAUCAAUCCUCGGAGUGCUUGGUUCACAGCCCGCUACCUAUGGCGUGCCAAUCAGCGACGGGGGACCAUCGACCGCCGUCUGGGCAUGGUUCAUCGGUUCUAUCAUGGCAUACAUGAUCGCAAGCUGUGUAGCUGAGCUUGUGUCGGCGUACCCGACUGCUGGUGGCAUGUACUUCGUGCCUGCGAAGAUUGUACCACAGAAGCAUCUGCCCAUCUGGACCUGGAUCAUCGGAUGGUGCAACUUCCUUGGUCAAGCCUGCGGAGUGGCAUCGAUAGCCUAUACCUUGGGACAGAUGACGCUGGCCAUGAGAAGUAUCCGAUCGAGACUGGUGGAUGGGGCCUAUGAAUUUUCGCCGAAACCGUACCAGAUCGUGAUUAUCGCUCUGGGCAUGCUUAUUGUAUUCGGAGUCAUCUGCUCGCUAACAACAAAAGGCUUGCAUCGAUUGAUCAUCUGGUUCGCGCCGAUCAAUAUACUGGCUACCAUUGGCAUCAUUAUCACACUACUUGUGAUGACUGAAGACAAGCGCGAUGCGAGUUUCGUCUUCAUGGAUGUCAGAGAUGGAUCUGGCUAUGGCUCCGAAGGCUUCUCGUUCUUGCUUGGAUUCCUGAACGUUGCUUGGGUCAUGACCGACUACGACGGCACUACGCACAUGUCCGAAGAAACUCACGACGCUGCUAUCCGCGGUCCGGAUUCGAUUCGCUGGGCAGUAAUAAUAUCAGGUGUGCAAGGCUUCGCGCUGAACGUUGUCUUCACUUUCUGUCUUACCGAAACCUAUAUGGAUGACAUCGUUGGAUCACCGACAGGACUUCCAGUCGCACAGAUCUUUUUGAACGCCGCUGGCAAAGAUGGAGCGACCGUCAUGCUCUUCUUUGUCAUGCUGAUCCAGUUCUUUACCGGAGCGUCAGCUAUGCUUGCCAACUCACGCAUGGCAUAUGCUUUCGCGAGAGACGAGGCGUUGCCGUUUUCGAACAUCUGGAGUAAAGUAAACGAGACGACAGGGACACCUGUGUACGCUGUCUGGUUCGUGGUUGGCUUUUGUGGCUGUCUGAACCUCAUCGGUAUUGGCUCGACACAAACAAUCACGGCCAUCUUCAAUUUAUGCGCACCAUGCCUGGACCUCAGCUACAUUGCGGUGAUACUGGCUCGCCUGAUCUACGAGGAUUCGAAUACGUUUGUCCCUGGCCCUUACACAUUGGGAAAAUGGUUGCCAACCAAGCCUCGGAGCAUCAUCGCAAUCAGCUGGGUCCUGCUUAUUAGCGUUGUGCUUUUCUGCCCGACGACCAUACCUGUCACGGCCACGAACAUGAAUUAUGCUGUCGUUGUGGCGGCAGCCGUUGCGGUCUUUGCGCUUUCAUGGUGGUUCUUAGGCGCCAACAAAUAUUAUACCGGACCCCGACUGCGAAAGUUCGAAGACAUCGGAAAUGUGCUUCCCAUGCCGCAUGGUCAACCAGAUGAAGGAUCUCAAGCUUCUUCGAUACCUGUCUCGAAGCCGCCAGCGUACUCGAGUCCACGAACAAGUAGCGAUGGAGGAUCAGGAUCGCCAACCGAGCGGACGCCUCUCCAAGGAAGCGCCGGUGCGAGGUACGAUGGUGGAAGUGCCAUCUAACUUUCUCGAGCGCAGCCUGGGACAGCAUCGACCGAUUUUUCAAAUGUACACAAAGAACUCCACCUCUUCGUUGAACGGGUA